AUCAUAAUGGAAAUGUUUACUGGGUCAGACAGUACAAGCACAAUAGUAGAAUGGGCCAUGGCAGAGUUACUUCGCAAACCUGAAGCCAUGAGAAAGGUUAAAGAAGAACUCAAUGAAGUAGUUGGAGUAAAUAGAAAUGUUGAAGAGAUUGACAUAGAGAAGCUGCCAUAUUUGCAAGCUGUUUUAAAGGAAACACUUCGGCUCCAUCCUCCAAUUCCUUUACUCAUUCCGAGAAAUACAAUGCAUGAUACAGAUUUCAUGGGGUACCACAUACCCAAAGAUACUCAAGUUCUUGUGAAUGUAUGGGCAAUAGGAAGAGACCCAGAUUCUUGGAAAGAUCCAUUAUCCUUCAAGCCUGAGAGAUUUCUUGGUUCAAGCAUUGACUACAAAGGGCAAAAUUUUGAGCUAAUUCCAUUUGGAUCAGGGAGACGGAUUUGUGUAGGUAUGGUAUUGGCUCAACGAAUAGUUCUCCUUGGUCUUGCAUCUUUAAUUCAAUGUUUUGACUGGGAGCUUGUCAAAGGUUCAAUUCCAGAAACCUUAGAUAUGAGAGAAAACAUUGGGAUGACAGUGAGAAAGUUUGUGCCUUUGAAUGUCAUACCCAAGAGACGUCUAAGGACC